AUGUAUAUUUCCGGUAAAAUGCGAAUCCAUGCUUGUUCACAGUACUAUCAAACCAGGGGCCUUUCGUUAAUGGCACCAAAUGUAUUUGUCGGUCUUGGAAGGACAAACACCUUUGUUGAGUUCAUUGAUGUUGGAAAAACGGAUCUGAACCUCUCUAUAAAUUCCGAGGACAUUUCCACAUGGAAGAGCCUAAUUCCAAAUUCAAAUCUUUUCAUUUUUCCUCCGUCUGCAGACCAUUCCAGGUAUGGCUAUGCUUUGACAGCUUUCAGUUGGUAUUUAGAGCUACAUUUGCAUCCGGGAAGACAUUUUAUAUGGAUUGUCCUUGCAUGGGCAUUUUCAAUGCUCUCCAUUGGCGUAGUAAUAUUUGUAUUAAGAAGACUGGAAAAGAUAUGUGAAUAUCUUGUUAAAAAUGAUCUGAACACAUCGACUUCAUCAACAUACUUGAGUCUCUUUGCUGCUUUUCACAGCAAUUUUGGUUGCAUAUCGUCUGCCGGUCACCCAGAGGUAUCUCAAUUGCUGCAGGCUUCACUAUACAAAAUAUCAAAGGCCUUUGAAAAACAUUCUCAUCAUGUCUCACCGAACCCGUUGCUUACCGAUCUGUUUCAAAUUUACACAAUCAAUCUGCACAUUCUGAAGGGCAUUCUUUUGCCUGCAAACGGUUUGCAACCAUUUGCCGCUCAGACUAUUCAACUUUACCAUGAGCUUUGUAGGCUCAUAAUCAAUAUUCUCGGACACUUGUUUGAAGCAGCGGGGCCAAGCGUAAAGGCUGAUGCUGACCAUUUAUCUUAUCUGUUGAGUCUUGUGUGUGGGGUCGAUAUUGGACGUACAAAAGACUCGGCACUAUUUCAGUUCACCGUGUCAUAUCAAAUCUACUUGUUACGAUACCACUUUGUGCUACUUGAGAGCAAUGCCCAAUCUCAAAGCAAAGAAGCAAUUCAAAAUUGCCUGGAACUUGCAAAUAUUCCGGGUGGUUUGUUUUGUACCGUUCAAGCUUGGAAUGCUACCUGUGCACAAAACGUAUCGAGCUCGUAUAUUCGGAACAUCAUAAGGCUUUACCAAAGGCUUUCCUUUCUAGUUUCAGAUUCCACCUCUAAAAUAUGUCUUUUGUGCAUCUCCUUAAAAUUCAUACAAAGUAGUGACUUGUCUAUUGAGAAAGAAUUGGAUUACUAUUUGGUCACUUUGAACGAAAUUAGAAAUAAAGCACCCCACACUAGCGACACUGCCGUGUCAGAAAUCACCGAGUGUGUUUUUUCUUUUUUUGAAGACAAAAUUGUCACAUAUCAGGCGCCACUGAAUUGGAGAUGGCUGCAUUUGUUUGAGUAUAUUGCUGCAUCCACCAAUUCUAACAAAGAUCGAAUACUCAAAAGCCUCAAAAGCAACUCCCAGCAUCAACUGAUCUCAUUUUUACCCUUAAUAUCUCAAUUUGUCUUUAAAAUGUAUCUUCAACUGAUCCUAUUCGAAACCUCGCAUUGUCCUGCACUUGUAUUCCAGUGUGAAAGCUCAGAUAGCUCCAUGAUUGACGACUCUACUGCUUAUUUAUUGUCUCGCUUUUUUUCUUUUUUCAAUUCCGUAUCCGAUGACCGCUAUUUAAAGUCCAUUCUUUUUGCUUUGGAUUCUUUUCUUGAAUCAAGUUCUCUCGUUAGGGACCAUUUAUCUUCUCCUCACCAUUGCCAACUCCUACUAAAGGGUACCUUGAUCAUGACGGAAACUCUGCAUUCCUUUCUAGUGAAAGCCCCUCAUUGUCCCGAUAUUCAAGUCGUUUUGCAAAAGCUCAAUCUAUUUUUCUUUCGCAUUGCCAAUAAGGAUUCAUCAAUAGACAUGAUUACAAAGCUAUACUCUGCCUCGACUGUGGUUCCCAACUUGACCUCUUUUUUAGCCGAUGUGAUUUUUCAAAAUUCCUGCCUUGCCAAUAGGAUUUUGGAUAAUUUAGACUUUUCAAAAUCCCUUAGUUUCUGUUUGAUCGAAGAAUUGAAGAUUUCAAAGGAACAUUUAAGAUUCUUCAUUUACUCGCUCUCAUGGAUCACCGAUUUUAACCUGCUUGAAAAGCUAUUCUUCCAUGCAUCUUCUAUCUCUUGUUCAAAGAUCUCCCCCAACAAUCCUGUAAUCCUGAGCGGUGCUCUUCAACACCUUUCGCUCAAGAUGAGAAAAUUUCUAAGCGCCAAGCAUUGCAAUUCAACCACGUUGUAUUUAAAGAUGCUAAUGGAAUAUUUCGAUCUCAACUCCAGCCUUUAUUUUGAAGACAAGUUUAUUUUUACCAUUCUCUUCUCGUAUUUUUUGAUAAAUUUGGAGUGUAAUUUGUCUUCCUUUUCCAGCGAUACUCAAAGAUCUGCAUAUUGUAAGGCCCUAACGUAUUUGCUGGAAAUCUUUCACGAUAACAUCAAGCUGCCCGCUCGGGAUUCCUUUUUCCAGGCACUUUUUUCUUUUGCCUUAUGCACAGUUAUGAUAAGAAUCAAAAAAGACGAGUCCUUCGUCACUAUCAUUUCUACAUCCGCAUACAAAUCGUGUCAUGUAUUGCUACUUGAACACUUGGCUGCUGCUUCAGAAGUACGAAUCCCAUCUAAACUCGAUGUUUUGUCCGAUAUUUUACAAGAUCUUUUGGCGCUUCUUAUUGCUUCAUUUAGAUUGGAGGGCGACUCUGAACUCUCCUUUUUGCUCUUUAAUUGCUUGAAAGACACAAAUUGUAGAAAUACGCUUUUGUUUGCCUCAAUACAAGGACACAUAAAUUCAGAAUGUUCAGCAACGUGCAACCAGCAAAUUGAAAAUGUCUUUCCUUUUGCAGAUAGGCUCGAGUAUUUCCAUCCUUCUACCUCUUGCAAUCAUCACGAUCCCGAUUCUCUUUUUUCGCUUCUUAAGUGCUUUGCAGAGCUAAGUGAAAAGCUUUCAAACAGUCGCCAUAAUGAUCAUGCUGUCAAUUCGAGGCUGAUAAGACUAUCGAACCAAUGGCAUCGUCUUGCUGCCUUUUCUUCAAUUUGCUAUCGAAUUAGUAAUAUCUUUUUAUCGCUUGGAGACUGUCGAAAUGCCCUAUACUUUUCCAAGGCUGGGCUUACAAGAGAAACAAGCGUACUUCUUUGUCAAAUUAACUUUUCCACACAAUAUGGAGGAUACCUAGCUUCACAAAGAGAGCUCGAAUUUUUGUUUCUUAUCUUCAAAUUAGAUCAAUUGAUUCUUGGAACGGCAAAUGUCAAUGUGGGCCCUAUACAAUGGAACCGAGUAGUGUGUCCAAAUUUCUUGUCAUCAGAUGAUACAAGCGCCCUCAAGAAAUUGUACAAAACAUUUGGAUGCUUUUCCACCAGGAGAUCUCAAUUA